AUGAUGCAACGUGGUAGAGCGUCGCGUCGCGAACAAAACAAUCGCGUUGUAUUCGAGCGGCUAUGGCGGGGUACUUUCCAAGCGGUGCUCGCGGGUCCUCAGCGCCGGCCCCGAGCCUCCUCCCACGAUCCCAAUCACAAUAUAUCGAUCGAACCCGUACAGAGCACGUCUGUCUCCCAAAUGACGAGGAGAGGAAAAUGCGCUCCGUCAUCAGUGUUCGAGAGACCCAUGCGGUGGCUGAGGCGCAACAGGAGAAAAAUGCUCGUCUUAGGGACGCCUUUGGUAUAUCGCCGAGGUUCGUGGAGGGGACGAGUUUGGACCCCGAGAGACGAGCUAGGGAGGAGGCCCUCAAGUACCCCCCCAGUGAGGACCCCGAGCCACGAGAGAGAUGUUCACAUCACUAAGAAGAAGAAGAAGAGAAGCACGUCGCCCGAAGCUAAAAAAUCAAAGAAGAAAAAGUCCAAGAAGAACAAAAAAGAGAAACAAGAAUCCAGUAAGAAGAAGAAGAAGCGCUCCAGGUCUCCGAACGCUGACAGCUCCAGCAGUUCAGAGGACAGCGACUCCAGCUCCGACGGCGAAAAGACGAAGAAAAAGAAGAAAAAGUCAAGUAGCAGACGACGUGCGAGCAGCGCGCCUUCAAGCCGUGAAAGUUCGCCAGUGAAACAGAAUAAAAACAAGCAGUGGGAACGUCCAAAUGAGUUUCAAGAGAACGAUGUACGUAAUAGAAACCGCAACCGCGAGGAACGCAACAACAAAUAUGACGAUUCUUCAAGAAAUUCCCAUCAAAUUGAUUCAAGAAGACGUGAGGAUCGCAGUCGGUCUAUUGAACGGCGGCCGUCACCCAACUAUAGGCAUAGAGAUGAUCGCAGGUCCCCGGAAUACAAACAAAAAUCUUACGUCAGUAAAAUAGCUAACAGAAAGGAAACAAAAGAUGAUUCAGCUAACUCUAAAAACUCAAAGUCUAAACGUCAACGAACACCAACAGAAUCUGAAUCAGAAGAAACGUCUAAAAAGACUGAACGAAGAGAUAAGAGGCGGAGCAGCAGAGAGGUUAGCGCUUCACCACCGCCAGGCAAAAGACGUAGAAGCUCAUCGGCCGAUAAUAAAAGAUAUGACUCGUAUUACAGUAAGAAGGAAUUACCGAGAGAAGAAUCUCGAUACGAAAGUAAAAGGAUGCGUAAGAGUGAAUCUCCUGACUAUAGAAGCAAACGGCACGAAGCAUCGCGUAGCAACAAUGAUAGGAAUAAUAGAUCGGACUACGAUAAGAAUCAUAAAGAUGAUGAAGCUAGAAAAAGAAGGAAAGACAGAAGUUCUUCAAGAGAGAGACCAGAAACUUCUUAUAAAUACAAAGAUCGGUCACCAGUUAACAAAAACAAAAAAGAUUCUAAGAAAGAACCUGAAAGAUAUUACAAAAAUAGUCGCGUUGAAGACUCUGAAUCAGAGUCUGAGGCUGACUCACGUAAACAAAAGGAUAUUAAAGGGUCUAACAGUAAAUCUAAAGGUUCGAAAAGUAGAAAUAAGUCACCACCUAAAGACAAAAGGAGAAGAAGUCCUACAAUUGAAAACAGAAAAGACUCCCCAGACCGGAGGGAACGUCAAAAUUCUCCUGAUCGAAGACAAGAAGAUAAGAAAACAGAUAAAUAUAAAUCGAGUUCAAAACUAGAAGAGAACAAAAGAGAUGAAAGUAGGAAGAGAAAAUCUUACACACCAGAAAAGAACUCGGGGCGGAAACAUUCAAGAAGCAAAUCUAAAUCUGUAUCACCGGAGCGGAAAAGAUCAAAGAAAGACAAACAGAGGAGCAGAUCACCUACUGUGAAAUCUAAGAGAAACACAGAUAGACGGAACUCUUCAGCGAGAUAUGAUAAUAAAGAUAAACAUGACAAAGAUAGAAAUGACAAAGAAAAAAAUGAUCGCGAUGAUAACAAAGAAAGGAAAAAAUCUCGCUCCAAGGAACGAAGACGGAGCACUUCUAGUCUGAGUUAUUCGCCCGCAAGACGCAGCCCAGAAAGAUAUCGCGAUAUAAUAGAAAAGUUACCAGAGAAGGACAAAAGGAAGUAUAUAAAAUCACCCUCAGAUUUGAAGCCAAAGGCAAAGAAAAGUAAAGAGAUAGCUGAUAAAUAUAAACCCAAAGCCGUCUGCAUGAUAAGUUCGUGUAGCGAGAGUGAUCAGUCUGAGGAAGAUCUGGACGUACGAGCGAGGGCGAGGCAGGAGGAGCUUGAUAUUAAGGAAUUAAUUAGAUUGAAAGAAAAACUAGCGCAGAUGGCCAAAGCGUCCAUAGAAAGGAUGAGGACUGAAGAACAGGAUCAAUCCACCUCCAAUACUAAUAAUAAACAGAGUCCGAUAGUAGUGGAAACCUCUAAGGUAGAAGUCACUCCUAAGAAAAUUGAGACUCCCAAGAAGGAUAGUCCAGUGAAUGUAGAAAGUUCUCCUGAGGCGAAACGUGAAAAAUCCCGUGGCUGGUCUCGCUCGUCGUCACGUCGCUCGUCCCGGUCUAGGUCCAGAUCUAGAUCUAGGUCGUCACGUUCCAAGUCACGCUCUUAUUCAUCUUCAAGACGUUCCCGGUCCAGUCGUUCCAGUUCGUACAGCAGCAGGAGUUCCUCGCGGUCGUCCCGCAGCUCGUCACGAUCCACUCGAUCUUCAAGAACUAUGACGGGAGUGUACGGCGAUUACCGCAGAUCGAGCGGUUCCCGGGCGUCCCGCUCGCCCUCCAUCCCGAGGCGCGCAGGCUCGCCAAGCUUCCUUGAUAGGAGACGCAUCACCAGUGCACGAAAACGGCCCAUUCCCUACCGUCGGCCGACCCCAUCAUCACCAUCGAGCGGAAGCUAUUACAGCAGUAGAUCGUCUCAUAGGAGCUGGACAAAAUCACCUCCACCUGAAUAA